AAUGUUAUGCUGACUUCUUCAGAGAAGACUUUGAUGUGAAAGCUUACACUUCCCAGUCUAUCCAUCAGGCUGUGAUAGCUGAGCAACUGGCGAAACUUGCCCAAGGUAUUAGUCAGUUGGAUAAAGAGCUGCAUUUACAAGUUGUUGCAAGACAUGAAGAUCUGUUGGCCCAAGCAACUGGGAUUGAAUCCCUGGAAGGUGUCCUCCAAAUGAUGCAAACCAGAAUUGGUGCUCUGCAAAGUACUGUUGACAGAAUUAAAGUCAAAAUUGUUGACCCCUACAACAAAAUAGUGUCUCGCACAGCUCAGCUAGCAAAACUUCAA